AAACCAGCCCAAAUACGUAGUGGAAUGACCCGAAAGAAUCAUCCGGAGAGAGCGAAUAAGCAAGGAAUAUUAAGGCGGGAAAUCAAUCAAUCUCCAUCUCUCUAAAAGGCGAGAUUUUUUUUAAAGAAAACAAUUGAAAAAUGGGGAAGAGAAAGAAUGCUAGGGUUUCAGAAGACAUUGCCGGAGAUGAUGAACAUCAGCAGCAGAAUCACGAAGAUCUAGCUGUGGAGUCAUCUGAACAGAGCUUGUACGGGGUUCUUGGAGUAGAAAGGACAGCAACUCAGCAGGAAAUAAAGAGAGCAUAUCACAAGUUAGCAUUGAGAUUACAUCCGGAUAAAAACCUGGGUGAUGAGGAGGCCAAGGAAAAAUUUCAGCAGCUGCAAAAGGUAAUGUCAAUUCUUGGUGAUGAAGAAAAGCGGGCUAUCUAUGAUCAGACUGGCUGCGUUGAUGAUGCUGAACUUGCAGAAGAUGUUGUUCGAGAUUUAAGCGAGUUCUUCCGAACGAUGUACAAAAAGGUGACUGAAGCAGAUAUUGAUGAGUUUGAAGCAAACUAUAGGGGCUCAGACUCUGAGAAGAAGGAUCUAAUCGACAUGUACAAGAAAUGCAAGGGUAACAUGAAGAGGCUCUUCUGCUUUAUGAUAUGCUCAGAUCCUAAAUUGGAUUCACAUAGAUUUAAGGAUAUUCUGGAUGAGAGAAUAGCAGCAGGGGAGAUAAAGUCUACUAAAGCAUAUGAAAAAUGGGCUACUCAAGUGUCAGCAACAAAACCACCCACAACCCCUCCAAAACGCAAGGGGAAUAGAGCAAAAAAAGACUCCGACGAUCUCUAUGCUAUUAUCGCUCAGCGACAAAGCGAGAGGAAAGGCCAAAUAAAUUCCAUGUUCUCGUCUCUAAUAAGCAAAUAUGGAGGUGACCCUGACCAUAUGGCUGAACCCAGUGAAGAAGAAUUCGAAGCAGCCAAGGCAAAAGUUGAAAGUAGGAAAGCAUCUAAAAGUUCCAAGAAAAAAAGUGGUUAAACUAAAGAUCAUGCCCCCCCAUCUCCCUGAACUUCUUGUGCUUAUUUUUUUGAUUUGAUGUGUGUAUCCGUAUGAACUUUGUGUGGAAAAUAUACAUGCAUAUCGCGAUGUGCCAAGUGCCAACUGCUGUCAAAUAAUCUACUGGUAAUCUUGUUCGAUAGUGGGUUGAUAAAGGAGAGGCUCCACUAUGAGGGCCAAGGAGCAAUGGAACUCAGCAGAAAGUGUGGUAGCUUUGUCCCAUUUAAGGCACUUCAACCGACAGCCUUGUCUUAUUUAUUCAUGCAUACAUGAAAACUUACUUAGUAGCAGCUCUCUGGUUUUAAAGUUGUGUACAAUUUGUUAGAAAACCCCAUUAUGGCCUACUUUCAACUUUAA